ACGCUUACACAAGAAAAAGUAAAUAAAUAACAGCAGCACAUGUGCUUGGAGAAAAAUGAAUCAGAAACCGGGAUUUUCGGGGAAUUUUCACAGUGGCAAGUGCGAAAAUGGCUAUAAAAUCAACAUUAAUGUGAAAAGGAAGCUUAAACAAGUUCUAAGUGGUGAAAGUGAGAAGAAAUUCCGCGGGGAAAAUGGCCAAAUGGGGAAAGUGAAAAAGUCUGGAGCGUCUCUGCAGGAACAGAGGCAGUCCCUGCCACUGUUUCCCGUCCGGGAAAGUAUAAUUGAGCAAAUUCGGGGAAGUGACACAUUGAUAUUUCUGGGUGAGACGGGUUCCGGAAAGACCACGCAGAUUCCUCAGUAUGUUCAUGAGAGUGGUUUGACGCGGACUGGGAUGGUGGCAGUGACUCAACCAAGGAGAAUUGCUGCCAUCUCAGUGGCUCAGAGGGUGGCUCAAGAGAAGUUCUGUCAGGUGGGAGAGAUUGUGGGCUAUACGGUUCGCUUUGAGGAUUGUUCCUCGGCAGCCACGAAGAUUCGAUACAUGACAGAUGGAUCUUUGCUGAGGGAAGCCAUCAGAGAUAGGCUUCUGAUGGCCUAUUCGACGGUUAUUCUGGAUGAAGCUCAUGAGAGGACCGUCAAUACGGAUGUUCUCUUUGGAAUUGUAAAGGAGGCACAGAAAUUGAGAAAAGAAUCGCGAAAGCCUCCCUUGAAGAUUCUCAUUAUGAGCGCCACAAUGGACGUUGAUCAUUUCUCGGCCUACUUCAACAAUUGCAAAAUUAUUUACCUGGAAGGAAGGAUGUUUCCGGUCAAAAUCCGCCAUGUAAAACGCAAUGACCAUGAUUAUGCUCAAACUUGUCUCAUAACUCUCUUCGAUAUUCAUCGAAAUGCUCCUCUGGAUCAUGAUAUCCUGAUCUUCUUGACGGGGCAGGAAGAGAUUGACGCCAUGGCUGAGCAAGUGAGAUCCAUUGCAAAGUCGGCGGAAUUUCAUGAUUCCCCCAUGAAGGUAUUCCCCCUGUACUCCCAAUUGCCACAACACAGGCAACUGGAAGUGUUCAAGGCGAUGCCUCAGGGUGUCCGGAAGGUGAUUCUGGCCACAAAUAUAGCUGAGACAUCGUUGACAAUUAGUGGGAUAAAGUAUGUGAUUGAUAGUGGAGUGGUAAAGCAGAAAGUGUACAAUUCUGUCACGGGGAUGGAUACCCUGAAGAUUGUCAAGAUUUCUCAGGCUCAGGCAUGGCAGAGGACAGGACGAGCUGGUCGGGAAUCCGAGGGGUUCUGCUACAGAGCCUAUACAGUGGCAGAUUUUGAGAAUAUGAACCUCAUGACGACUCCUGAGAUUCUCCGAUCGAAUCUUGCAACCACGGUUCUUCAGCUUCUGGCGCUCGGUAUUGAUUGCAUGAAUUUUGAUUUUAUGGACAAACCAUCGAGAGAGUCAUUAAGUAGUGCCAUAAAACUUUUAUAUGAAUUGAAAGCCAUCACAUCAAUUGAAGGGGCAACAUUGACGGAGGCGGGCAGGAAAAUGAGUCAAUUUCCGCUCGAUCCGCGUUUCAGUAAAAUCCUCCUCGAAGCCUCAAGCUACAGUUGUUUGUCUGAGAUGAUCAUGAUAAUCGCUGUACUUUCGGGGGAGAAUAUUUUUCACACUUCCAACGACAAGAGAGAUCAAAUUUUAGUGGCUCAUAGUAAAUUUGUGUCUAAACAUGGGGAUCAUUUGACAAUUCUCAAUGCUUUCCGGGAAUUUCUCAAUGCAGAGAAUCCCAAGAUGUGGUGCUUCAAGCACUUUCUCAACUAUCGCAAUCUGAUGUAUGCCAAUGAAGUGAGAAAGCAACUCAUGGAAAUCUGCAAGAGGUGCAACCUCGAGGAAUCCAGCUGUGGAAGUGACUUUGAUCAGGUGCGAAGGUGCCUCCUUGUUGGUCUAUUUGGCAAUAUAGGUGAAUUGCAGAGGGAUCAGAUGUACCUGACAUUGUCGGGUAGGCAGAGAGCUAAACUUCAUCCAAGCAGUGCACUGUGUCAUAAACCACUGGCCGAUUAUGUUGUCUACACGGAUCUCGUGGCCACAGAGCGUGCUUACCUCAAAUUUAUCACCAUUGUUGACUCUGAGUGGCUUCAUGAUUUGCCAAAUGCUAGCAAAUUGCGAAGGUACUCCACGAGCAAUAACUUCAAGUAGCCCAGUGGGAAUUUUCCUUUCUGGGUUUUGUUUUUUAGUUUUAUCUUUUGGUAAUGCACGCGGGACGACGACAACGGUCACAGGAAACCAUCAAAGAGUCGGCCUAUUAAUUUGGAUGUGUCUAAUUAAAAGUGCGGAUUAUACCCCAA